AAGAAAAAAGAAAAAAAAAAGGGGCCACAAGAGUGUUCUUGUUCACUUCCAUUUUCUCGUCACAACCAAAAACAAAAACAAGAACAUGGAAUUAUCUAUUCAUGCUUUACCUAUUCCUGAUUCAACCAAAAAUAUGGUACCGGAGGUCACUCGACGCUCUGCCAAUUAUCAUCCUAGCAUUUGGGGAGAUCAUUUCCUCGUAUACGCCUCUCAUGCCACGGAAGUGGAUGUUAAAAUGGGCCAACAACUUCAGCAGCAGAAAGAGGAAGUGAGAAAGAUGCUAGUGGCAGCUAAUGAUCAGCUUUCACAGAAACUGAACUUCAUCGAUGCAAUCCAACGCCUAGGGGUGUCUUACCAUUUUGAAAGUGAGAUUGAGACAGCUUUACAACACAUAUAUGAAACCGAUUAUGAUCACCAUGAUGACAAAGCCAAGGAUGAUCUUUAUACUAUUGCUCUCUUGUUUCGGUUGCUUAGACAACAAGGAUAUCCCAUCUCUUGUGAUGUGUUCAACAAAUUCAAGGACGACAAUGGCAAAAUUCGCGAAUCCUUAAUUGGCGAUGUGAGAGGAAUGUUAAGCUUGUAUGAGGCUGCACAUCUUAGGGUGCGAGGAGAAGAUAUACUAGAUGAAGCACUGUCUUUUACCAUCACUCACCUUGAGUCUGCGGUAUCCAACUUGAGCAAUCUUGUUCAAGAACAAGUAAUUCAUGCUCUGAAUCAGCCCAUACACAAGGGCUUGACAAGGCUAGAGGCAACCCGUUACUUCUUCUUCUAUGAGCAAGAUGAUUCUCACAAUAAAGUUCUACUGAAUUUUGCAAAAUUAGAUUUCAACCUAUUGCAAAAAAUGCACCAAUGGGAGCUAAGUGAAAUCACAAGGUGGUGGAAAGAAUUGGACUUUGCAAAGAAAAUGCCUUUUGCAAGAGACAGAAUGGUGGAGUGCUAUUUUUGGAUAUUGGGAGUUUAUUUUGAGCCCCAAUACCUACUUGCUAGAAGGAUGCUAACCAAAGUGACUGCCUUGACUUCCAUUAUUGAUGACAUCUAUGAUGUCUAUGGUACUUUAGAAGAACUUGUGCUAUUCACUGAUGCAAUUGAGAGGUGGGAAAUCAGUGCCAUAGAUCAACUUCCAGAAUACAUGAAACCAUGUUAUCAAGCACUUCUAGAUGUUUACAACAUGAUUGAUGAAGAGAUGGCCAGGAAAGAAACUUCAUAUCGCGUCCACUACGCAAAAUCUGCAGUAAGCCUCGUACUGAUGAAAAUUUUAGUUAGAGCAUACUUUGAAGAAGCCAAAUGGUUUCACCAAGGCUAUGUUCCAAGUAUCGAAGAGUAUAUGCGAGUUGCUCUAGUAACUUCUUGUUACACAAUGUUAACAACCUCUUCCUUGAUGGGCAUGGGAGAGGUGGUGUCCAAAGAGGCCUUUGAUUGGGUGUCAAGUGGUCCUUUAAUUGUUCAAGCUUCAUCGGUAGUUUGCAGACUCAUGGAUGACAUAGUUAGCCGCAAGUUUGAGCAAAAGAGAGGUCACGUAGCUUCGGCAGUGGAAUGUUACAUGAAACAGCAUGAUGCAUCGGAGGAAGAAGUGCUCAUUGAAUUUCACAAACAAGUUACAAAUGCAUGGAAAGAUAUAAAUGCAGAGUGCCUCCAUCCAAUCGAGGUCCCAAUGCCUUUGUUAUUAUGAGUAGUCAAUCUUGCACGAGUGAUAGAUGUUUUAUACAAGGAUGAAGAUAGUUACACUCAUUCCGGAACUAGGCUUAAAGGUUUUGUAACCUCAGUACUCAUCGAUCCCGUGCCAAUAUCAUAAUAAAAAAGCAAAGCAAAACAAAUCACAAUCUAGAUACAAAAUAUAUCUAGACCAAUAAGAUUUUUUAAAGGGGAAACUACAUGUAGGUAGGAAAAAGAAAAAGAAAUUAUUAGCACAUGGGGGUGGAAGUGUGCCUGUGGUGGGGUGUAAAUGAAAUAUUUUGCACCCCUCAUAUGUUGAUAAUUAUUUUUAUUUUUUUUCACCUAAAUGUAGUUUCUCCUUUUUUAAAAGUGGGUUUAUUAAUAAAUUUUAUAAAAUUUUAUUUAUUUAAGUGUAUUGCGUGUGCUUCUAUAUUUAAUUUUUAUAUUUGUAACAGAACUAAUACAAAUAAUUCUCUGCUUCACGAGGUCGGGAUUAAUAGAUUUCCUGGAAACAUUGUAAUAUGAAAUG